AUGGAUAUCGUCUUUAAUCAUAUGCUGUAUUGGUUAUUGGGUACAGAAGACCACGAAAUCACCAAUUCAGCUCUGAAUUCCUCCCUCGAUUUUCCCUCCAGAUUCCUCGAGCCCAAUUGCGUCCAAUUUCUAACGGUGAAUGGGGUUUGGGUUAGUUCAUCCUCAAGAAGAUUUAGGAGGGAGAGAUGGGAGGAGAGGAGGGCGGGGAUUGAUAGAGAGUAUGAUGCCGUCAUUGUGCCCUCUGAUGGCGGGUGUCUUUCAGGACUCGAGUCCGAUGAUUCAGAUUGGUCUAUUGGAUGGUUGGAGCCUCGUUCAUCCAAUUUCCAAAGCGAAGCGGAUGAUGAUGAGAGCAGCUUUAUUGCUCUUGUUCUGUGCUAUGGACGUGGCCGCCACUCGAACGGGGAAUUGCUGGAGAAACAUGUCCUGGGUGUAGAUUAUGAAUUUCUGUUAUUUAAGUCAUGUUAUUUGUAA